CUCAAGAUGAACAUCAGCUUCUCUCGGAAGCAGUCAAAGUCCGAUGAGGACUUCCUUUCAGACCUGGUCUCUCCUAAACCACGAGGGACACCUGGGCGGAGCUAUGGGUUCAGACAGACUCCUGACCGGCAGCAGAGGGUGGCUGCAGCACGACUGGGAGAGAACCCACCGUGGUUUUCCACCCCUCAAGGUCCAGCUCGACGAAGGAAGUCCCCAGCGCCCCCAACUCCUUUGACAUACCAGGUGGAGAUGGAGAUGCAGACUUCAGGACUUCCCAAACUCAAAUUCAAACGCACAAACUCGGUGAAUUGUGGAGACUCGGGAGCUCAGAGCCCUGUAGUUGGACUGAAACCCUCUAAACCUGUGGAUCCUGGAUGUGGUUCUCCAUCCGUUUGUGCUCAUGUGACUCCAGCUAAGGGUGGCAGUGUCCAAACAUACAUCUGUCAGUCAUACACACCGACGCGCCUUCCCGCCGGAACGCCGUCUCCAGUGGCCGUGGCAGAGACCAUCCCGUUGACCCCGUCUCCCCAGAGCAGCGGUAAAGUGACACCCGAGAACCUGAACAGCUGGCCUCGAAAGAAGAGGGCCCGGGUGGCAGGGGGCAGACACAGAGACAGAGUCCUGAAGGAGGAGGGGCUACUGGAGGAGCUGCAGGAGGAGGCGGAGCUCGGAGUCAGCAGGUUACAAGAUGUUGACGACGCAGAAGAUGCUCCUCUGGAAAAUCUGUUCUGGGGAGAGAAACGAGCAGAGCAGGCUGACCCAGAUCUACUGAACUUAGAGGACCAUGUGAUCUGGAGCACGGGGAGUGCAAACACCAAGUCAGCAGCGACCCCCCCCAGUUCAAAGAAGAGGAAGCCGGUCACAGCCAGUGGGAUCCUGGCUCUCACUCAGUCUCCUCUGCUGUUCAAAGGCAAAUCGGGGUCCGCCUCUAAAAGACCGACUGCUGCUAAAGAUGAAGCUGCUUCAGAGGCCGACGGGGACCUGUCUCCAUUCAGUAAACCUGUCCGACGCUCCAGCGGGGUCAAGAACUACAGCAGGAAGAGGCUGCUCCCCUGAAACACCCUCAUUCUGGUCUGGGCCUGGGCCUGGGCCUGGUCUGGUCUGGUCUGG